AUGGCUGAUCAAGCAAGUGAACUUGAAGCCCUGGAGCUCAUAUUGACAGAUGCAAAUGCAGAGCCUACCAAGCUAUCAUAUGCACUUAUAAAGUCAAUUACAACAAAUUUCUCUCAAGAGAUUGGUCUUGGUGGUUUUGGAGUCGUUUACCUGGGAGUUCUUCGGAAUGAGAAAGUUGCUGUCAAGAAACUUUUUAUAGAGCAGGAUUUUUCUGAUGAGCUAUUUGUGGAUGAGGUUAACUGUUUAGUAAGGGCAAAACACAAUAAUAUAGUAAGAUUCUUAGACUAUUGUGCGGAUACACAAGGGGAAUUGGUAAAAUUUGAUGGAAGACAUGUUAUGGCAGAGCUACGACAAAGGUUGCUCUGCUUUGAGUAUGUUCCUAAUGGAAACCUUCACGAUUACAUUAAAGGGAUAUCUCAUGGAGAUGAAUGGCAAAUACGCUAUAAAAUGAUUAAGGGAAUUUGUCAUGGAUUGCAAUAUCUUCAUAAAGAACGUAUCACCCAUUUGGAUUUGAAACCAGACAAUGUUCUGCUCGACGCUUACAUGGAACCGAAAAUUACAGACUUCGGUUUGUCAAGAUUAUUUGAUGAAGGACAAUCUAGAGUGUUUACUAAAAACGUUCCUGGAACACGGGGAUAUAUUGCACCAGAGGUCAUAGACAAAGGAGAAAUAUCGUUCAAGUCAGACAUAUUUGCUUUGGGAAUUGUAGUCUCAAAGCUAUUAGUGGGGCAGAACAAUUAUGACAUUGAAAAUUGGCAUGAAUCAUUAGAUGUGGACUGCACACAAGCGAAGAGCUGCAUCCAAAUAGCUCAAUCUUGUAUGGAAGCUGACCAACAUAAGCGACCUACAGCAGAGGAAAUAAUCAAGAAACUGAAUGAGAUGGAGAGCCUAGGGUCUUCCAUAUACAGGACAAACUCAUCCGACUCAGAGAACCUGAUUCAGGUAGAGCCUCUUGAACUCCAUUUCCACUUGGAGCCAAACACGCACAUAUCAGUGACACAAAAACUAAAGCUAGCCAAUAUUACUGAUGACUACGUUGCUUUCAAUGCAAUGGAAUGGUCCAGCAUGGCGAAGUAUGGAUUCUCUUGGUCAGGGCCAAGCAGAGGAAUCCUGUUACCAUGGUCCACGCAUGAACUUGGGCUAAUAAGGGAAGCACAUGAGAUGUCACCACUGUCUGUGCAGUGCAAUGACGUGCUCAUUGUGCGGAGCACCGUGGUGAGCGAGGGUUUCAAGACCCGCUACAUAGCUCUGGACAUGUUCAAAACACACACGGGUAGAAAAGUGCAUGAGGUGAAAUUGGGCAUUCUUGUUGUACCAUCCCUAGCAGAGUCCUCAGCAUGUACAGCACAUACUCUAUCAAUGUCUCCAACAGAAAACCAGGAUCUCAAAAAGGCCAAAGAGGAGCUUCAUAGGCUGGGUUUAAGUGCACAUGAGAGACCACAUGACACAAAUGCUCAGCUGAGUUCCCUAACUAAGGCUAAUUAG